AUGGGCGGGCGCGUGCCGUGCCGGGGUGGGGCGUGGCGGCGGGCCGCGGCCGUGGCGACGGGGCAGCCAUGACGCGGAGCUGCUCGGCGCUGGGCUGUACCGCCCGCGACAACGGGCGGAGCCGGGAGCGCGGCAUCUCCUUCCACCAGUUCCCGGUGGACGCCGCGCAGCGCCGCGAGUGGAUCCGCGCCGUGAACCGCGUGGACCCGCGGAGCCGCCAGGCCUGGCGGCCCGGCCCCGGGGCCAUCCUCUGCUCGCGGCACUUCGCCGAGGCCGACUUCGAGCGCUACGGGCUGCGGCGGAAGCUGCGGCGGGGGGCCGUGCCCUCCCGCUUCCCCCACCCGGAGCCGCUGGGCGCCGGCCGGAGGAGCGGGCCCCCCGUCCGAGCCCUGAAGCAGCCUCUCCCCAGCCCCCUCGCCGGAGUCACCGCCGGGGACCACAACUACAGCCUGAAGGGGCAGCAGGCAGCGGGCGGGGAGGCGCGGCCGCCGCUGGAGCCGCCGCCGCCGCCGCUUCCUGCGGCCGGGAGAUGCUCCCGCGCGCACCGGCCCAGAACGGUGGCGAACAUCCUCCAGGAGCUGGCGGAGAAGCAGCAGCUUUCUGAGGAAAGCGUGAGUUUGCUGCAGGCCCAGUUUUCAGCAGAUUUGCCUUGUGAGUUGCACAGCUGGAGGCAGAUGGCAGAAUACUCACCAGAAAUGAGGCAAUUUGCUUGUAUUCUCCACCUCUACCAUAUUAAGGCCUAUGAUUAUCUACGGAAGAUUUUUCCCCUCCCUCAUCCUUACAGCCUGACAAAUUGGCUGUCUAAUAAUGAGGCUGCUGCAGGCUUCAGCAACGACAUUUUUCUCCGCCUUCAGGAAAAGGUGGAGAGAGGGGAACAGGCCUACUGCUGCUGUGCCCUGAUGGUGCGAGACAUGUCCCUGCAGAAGCAGCAGGAGUGGGACCCACAGACCCAGCGCUUGACAGGCUUUGUUGACUUGGGAGCAGGCAUCCUCGAUGCUGAUGAAGCUCCGCUAGCCUCAGAAGCAAUAAUCCUCAUGGCAGUUGGCAUCUCAAGUCCCUGGACAGCUCCACUUGGCUACUUCUUUGUGAACAGCACAACCGGCCACUUAAUUGCUCAGCUGCUUCGUCAGACUAUCAAUAAGCUGAACAACAUUGGCAUCACGGUGCUGGCUGUGACAUCAGGCGCCACUGCUCAUGGUGCUGAGACUGCCAGAGCUCUGGGGAUCAGGAUAGAUCCUGAAAGCAUUCAGUGCACUUUCCAGCAUCCGCCUGGCUCUGCUCACAGUAUCACAUACUUCUUUGACAUUUGCCAUGUGCUCCAGCUGAUAAGGAAUGCUCUGCAGUGCUUCCAGAAGAUGGAGCGGCUCAGUGACACUGUGCAGUGGCAGCAUGUGGUGGAGCUGGCAGCUUUGCGGGAGCAGAGGGUAUUAGAGCCAUGCAGUCGCAAGUCAGGUGGACCUAGGAGUAAGGAGAGUUACCACCUAAAGAUCAACCUUGCUACCCUGUUGUUCAGCGAGGGUGUUGCUGACGCGCUGGAACACCUCCAGAAGCUGGGCCUGGCCUCAUUCCAGAACUGCAGUGGUACCGUCAAGUUUGUGCGUUUGAUGAGCCAUCUGUGUGACGUAUUUCAUGGCAGAGGUCCCUACAGAAGGGGACUUAAGGAGCCUUUGCUAGCUGGAAAUUACACCAAAAUAACCCACCUCUUUAAUGAGGCCAAGAGCUUCUUCGUCACCUUAACAGACUCUAUGGGGAGAUACGUUAUUAAGAGCAAACGCAAACUAGGAUUUUUGAGUUUCUUGCUCAAUGCCGAAAGCCUCAAGUGGCUUUACACCAACUAUGUGUGUCCAGAAGGCACUCCUUCCCACCAUCUCCUGACCUACGCCUUCAGCCUUGACCCACUGGAGCUCUUUCUGAGGGCCCUCCAGCAAGCCUGCGGCAGCAAUGGUAGCCCCACCUGCAGUGUGUUCCAGGCUGCUUAUCACAAACUGCUAGCUAGCUGCAGCCUGGUGCCAGGCUCACCACACAGCGGUGGCUCAGGCAAUACGAGCUCCUUGGACAUAUCCCUGUCUCGUAGGAGAGAUCUGACCCUUGGCAGCGUUUGUGCUCAAUAUAACCCAGCUCGUGGGAGGACACUGGCAACAGAGUACCCCUAUUGUGCAGGCCUUCUUUUGCAUGGCUCUGCACUGAGUAACGCGCUGACAGACCUAUCGCUGCAUGCACAGAGCAUCACCUGCACUGCGGGCUUCAUUGCUGAGCAAUUAGCCUUUGACUUGCAAUGCGAGACUUGUCUUGCUUCCCUCUUUGAGUCAGAUGAGAGCAGGCUAAGAUGCGGGUCAGUGCUCUAUGUAAAAAAGUUAGGUGGAGUGAGUCUGCCCUCGGCAAGCGUGUACCACAUAACAAGCAUUUCGGAACAAGUCCUAAACCAGUAUGGCAAAGUAGGAGACGACAACAAAAACACCAAGCUAUGGCAUUUGUCUCUAGAACAGAAAGUCUUCCAGGAGCUUCUGGGAGAAAGUCCCCUCUUCCCCACCCUCACGAACCAUUUACUUGAUGGGGAGUUGGGUGUCAACAAUCACUACACAAUCUUAGUAAAGGAAAUAACACGAUGCUACUUAAACAUCAGAACAAACCAUGCCAAACACCUGAACUUGAAAUACCAUUGUGGAAGGCACAGAUUGAAGAGACUGAAGGGAAAACAUUUGUCUCCAUUGCCAUUGGGUAACUGUCAGUCAAGCCUAACCCACACAGGGUCAUGAGUACUCACUGCUGUUCCAAGGAUGGCCAACCCCUACUGAGGCUCAGUGAUGGCCAUAUCUAAGCAAUACAUGUGAGGAAAUGUGGUGUCUUCCCAAGAUUUGGCUGGCAAAACUGGCGUUGAUAAGCAGUGAUGUGUUGGGCCACUGCAAGCCAUCUGAUCAGUUUGGCUAAGCAAAGCAAGAAAGUUCAUCUGAUCCUGUGUUUCAUCUAACAAUCCUGCAAAGCAGCCACAUAUUUCAUGAGAAUCGCGUGGCAGGUCAGGAUGAGGAAUGGUUGCACAAGAUGCCUGGGAAAGUGGUAGGGGACACUGCAAUGCGUCCCCUGGAGGUGCUGGGUGGUUUAGUGCUGUGAUUGCUCUUGCCAGGAGAAAAUUGAUGCAUCUUCCAUGUGACUGGGGGGAUCACAUGUCCUGGCAAUCUGAUUUCACCAAAGCAGAUCUGCUUUAAAAAAGCUGGAGGCAAGAAAGCUUGCAGAGCUUUUACUUAAAAAAGAAAAUAAAGACGUGAAAAGAAAGUAGCA